GUCUCUGAGAAAUAUCCAUCUUUUAUCCAAAAUCUCUAGCACUUCCUCACCUUUCUUAAUAAGAGAAACUCUAUUCCUGACACUGCUUCCCAUUUGCAAAUUCAAAUUACCAUCAAUUUUAUAGUCAAUUAACUGGGUUUUCUUAGGUUAUACAUUAUUAUUAUUAACUUUAUUAAUAUUCUAACAAUAAGAAUUAAACUAUUAAUGAUGAAUAGUGUGUCUCACUUUAACAUAGGCCUAUCCCACUGGUGGGAUACAUGCCAACUCCAAAGAAAAGUUAGUCAUGUGCUUUUCAGAAGAUGAAAGCUUAAGAUAAAGACUGAUGUGCUUGAUGCUGGAGGUGGAAGUGGUAUUAUAUAGGUCUCAGCCAAGACAUGUGAUAGUCACUGUAGGGAUAACUAGAAAGAAAAGUCUGUGCCUCUGAUUAACCAGCUCAAGCAGAUCUUGUGUGGACUGGAGGAAGAAUGCUCCUGGCUCUUUUAUACUGCCUGCUGUGGAGUUUUCAAAUCUCCACUGGCCACUUCCCUCGAGCCUGUGCCUCUUCCAAGAACCUGAUGGAGAAGGAAUGCUGCCCACCAUGGAAGGGUGAUGGGAGUCCCUGUGGCCAGCUCUCAGGCCGGGGUUCCUGUCAGGACAUCCUUCUGUCCAAUGCACCAUCUGGGCCUCAAUUCCCCUUCACAGGGGUGGAUGACCGGGAGUCUUGGCCCUCUGUCUUUUAUAAUAGGACCUGCCAGUGCUCCGGCAACUUCAUGGGAUUCAACUGUGGAAACUGCAAGUUUGGCUUUUCAGGACCAAACUGCACAGAGAGAAAAUUCUUGGUGAGAAGAAACAUCUUUGAUUUCAGUGUCUCAGAGAAGAACAAAUUUCUUGCCUACCUCAAUUUAGCGAAGCAUACUAUCAGCCCAGACUAUGUCAUCCCCACAGGCACCUAUGGCCAGAUGAAUAAUGGAUCGACACCCAUGUUUAAUGACAUCAGCAUUUAUGACCUCUUUGUCUGGAUGCAUUAUUAUGUGUCAAGGGACACACUGCUCGGAGGGUCUGAAAUCUGGAGAGACAUUGAUUUUGCCCAUGAAGCACCAGGUUUUCUGCCUUGGCAUAGACUACUUUUAUUGCUGUGGGAACAAGAAAUCCAGAAGCUGACAGAGGAUGAGAACUUCACUAUUCCAUAUUGGGAUUGGCGGGAUGCAGAAAACUGUGACAUUUGCACAGAUGAGUACAUGGGAGGUCACCACCCAGCAAACCCUAACCUACUCAGCCCAGCAUCAUUCUUCUCCUCUUGGCAGAUUAUCUGUAGCCGACUGGAGGAAUACAACAGCCGUCAGGCUUUAUGCAAUGGAACUCAGGAGGGACCGUUACUACGCAAUCCUGGAAACCAUGACAAAGCCAGGACCCCAAGGCUCCCCUCUUCAGCUGAUGUGGAAUUUUGCCUGAGUUUGACCCAGUAUGAGUCUGGUUCCAUGGAUAAAACUGCCAAUUUCAGCUUUAGAAACACACUGGAAGGAUUUGCUAGUCCACUUACUGGGAUAGCAGAUGCCUCUCAAAGCAGUAUGCACAAUGCCUUGCACAUGUAUAUGAAUGGAACAAUGUCCCAGGUACAGGGAUCUGCCAAUGAUCCCAUUUUUCUUCUUCACCAUGCAUUUGUGGACAGCAUUUUUGAACAGUGGCUCCGAAGGCACCGUCCUCUUCAAGAAGUUUAUCCAGAAGCCAAUGCACCCAUUGGGCAUAAUCGGGGAUCCUACAUGGUUCCUUUUAUACCUCUUUACAGAAAUGGUGAUUUCUUUGUUUCAUCCAGAGAUCUGGGCUAUGAUUAUAGCUACCUACAAGAUUCAGACCCAGACUCUUUUCAAGACUAUAUUAAGCCCUUCUUGGAACAAGCCAGUCGGAUCUGGCCAUGGCUUCUUGGGGCAGCCGUGGUAGGGGCUGUCCUCACGGCCAUGCUGGCAGGGCUCACCAGCCUGCUGUGUCGUCACAAGAGAAAGCAGCUCCCUGAAGAACAGCAGCCGCUCCUCAUGGAAAAAGAGGAUUAUCACAGCUUGUUGUAUCAGAGCCACUUAUAAAAAGGCUUAGGCAACAGAAUGGGGCCAGAAAGCCAGACCUCAUGUUAACUCGAGGUAACGUCCAGGUUUCCAGGGGAUAUCCCGACAGAAACCCAUAGUAUUUGUCAGCAAAGACCAUUCUCAGAAUUGUAACCUAAUACAAAGUGUGCCCUCCCUCCAACCUGGGUAGAACACACCUGUAUUUGUCUUGCUGUUUUUGUUCAUCCCGUUUUACAAUUUUCCUCAAGCCCAUAAUUCCAAGGAAUGGAUGCUACUUGGUAAUGAGGAAUCGUUACUUGUAUCUAAAUUAAACUGCUCUUAUUAAAAAGUUGAAUAAUUUUCAUUUUUGCCUCCUGAUUAUUUAAAGAUAUGUUUCUUUUUUAUUGCCCCCUUUGGUUUUAAUAAAGUAGUAACAAAUGUA